AUGGCUGUCGGUAAAAACAAGCGCCUAUCCAAGGGCAAGAAGGGUAUCAAGAAAAAGGUCGUUGACCCCUUCUCCCGAAAGGAGUGGUACGACAUCAAAGCCCCGUCCAUCUUCGAGGUUCGCAAUGUCGGCAAGACCCUUGUGAAUCGCUCACAGGGCUUGAAAAACGCCAACGAUUCGCUUAAGGGCCGUAUCGUUGAGGUGUCGCUGGCAGACCUCAACAAGGACGAAGAGCAGUCAUUCCGCAAAAUCAAACUACGUGUCGAUGAAGUGCAGGGCAAGAACUGCCUGACCAACUUCCACGGCAUGGACUUCACUUCCGACAAACUCCGUUCGCUUGUCCGUAAAUGGCAAACCCUCAUCGAGGCCCACGUCGACGUAAAGACGACCGAUGGUUACCUCCUCCGUCUCUUUGCCAUUGGCUUCACGAAACGCCGUCAAUCACAAGUGCGAAAGACGACGUACGCUCAGUCAUCGCAAAUCCGAGAAAUCCGGAAGAAAAUGUUCGAGAUCAUGACCCGCGAGGCUACUUCGUGCGACCUGAAGGAAUUGGUUCAGAAGUUUGUGCCAGAGGCUAUUGGCCGUGAGAUCGAGAAGGCUGCACGGAGUAUCUACCCCCUCCAAAACGUCUACGUUCGCAAGGCAAAGAUCCUCAAAGCCCCCAAAUUCGAUGUCUCGAAACUUAUGGAGCUGCAUGGGGAGACAACGGACGAGACGGGUACACGUGUGGCCAAGGACUUCAAGGAGCCGGAGGUUCUUGCGUCGGUAUAA